AUGUCCCACUACCUGGAGAGCGAGCCGGAAGAGGACGACGAGAGCGAGGGGUGUGAGAGCGAGGAUUCGGAGGACAGGCGGUUCAUUGAUGAUGAUGGCGAGUGUGGGAGUGUGGACCUGGGGGUAUACAGAGAAUUGAAACAUGACAGCAGCUCUGAAGAGGAGGAUGCAGGGGAGGCUUCCGCGGAGGACGAAGACGACGAAAGCAGCAGAGCCAUGCGCGAGCUGCACCGCAUGCUGGGUAAAAGCCGGGAACGGAGGGAAGCACUGGGGAGGCAGUAUCCGCUCGACUUUGGGUUGGGUGCAAGUCGAUCGGAGGCACCGGAGCUUACUGCGGAGGAGGUCCAGGAGCGACUCCGGGCAAUGUCGCCCUGCAGGGAGAAGCGGCCGCCUCCCUCGCGGAGGAAAAAGGGAGAGAUGCAAGAAGAAUCGCAUGUUGCCCCCAGGUUUACUGCCGGCAUCGUGAGGGCGGGCAAGACCCCCGUCUGCGCACCCCUGCCGCGGCCCGUCUCGCCCGCGUUCUCCUUCGUCAGGGAGAUGGAAGAGGCAGAGAGGAAGAAGCGGCUAAGGGACAACGGGGAGAGCAUGCGGAAAGUACUGGACAAGGAAAGGGAGGCGCACGCCAGGAGGCUUGUGGCAGCACCCAGGAAGACGGUGAAGAAGGUUGUUGCCGAGCCGCCAAAGGGCAAUGCCACAAUAGAUCGAUUCUUUGGUAGAGUUUGUAAGUUCGAAUAA